AUGAGUAACCACGCCACUUUACUGCAACGGGAGGACCAGAAGACGUCAUACUUCUUGAGCGACGAGAUCAGAGCUCUGAAGCGAAGGCGAUUGGACAAAUCAGACCCUCCCAAGAAUGGCCACAAGCCUGAGAUUGACGAAACCAAUGACAGUGGUGAAAACUCUGAAACAGCAGAACGUGAAGAUGAGAAGACGACUCUAGGAGAGAUUGAAAAUGAGGGACACGACAACCCUGACGAAAACAAUCCCUUUGCUCGACUGUUGGGUGGUAAGGAACCUUCCUCGGGUGUAAAUCUGCGAUGGAAUAUGUACCAGGAAGCUUGGGGUGCGCAAAAGGCCAAGAUCGACGAAUUGCUGGAGAUGACCAACGGCAACAUCUUGGAGGAAAUUGUCGAGUACGUCAGUGAGUCAGAUGCCGAGAACCAAAUUCCUGCAGCCCUAGUUUUCCCCGGAUCUAACAUCGCCAACCAUGUCCGUCUCUUUGGCCAGAUCAGGGAGUGGCUGGGAGCUGUCAAGGGAGUUCAUAUGGUGACACUUCAUGCAAGAACGUGCCCCAGUCUCAAAGCAGUUAUUAAAAAUAUCGUCAGUGACCUGAUUGAGUCCGAGGAAGUUGCAGAGGAGGUGGAGGUGAGAGAGGAGGAUCUCAACUACGACCGAAGAGUGAAGUAUGACUUUUCCAUCCUGGCGGAGUGGUGUCGCAAGGUUGGUACUGAUGCAUCACAAAGGAUUGUGUUGAUUUUGGAGGAUGUUGACUCGUUCGAUGUCAAAGUGUUGUCAAACCUCGUACUCAUGAUGCACUCAUACAAAGACGAGAUUCCGUUCAGACUAGUAUUUGGAAUUGCGACGUCAUUGGAGAUUUUCGAACACAAAAUGACCAAAACAAGUAUCCGACAUCUGCAGGGUAGGGUUUUCGAUGCCCAAGCCACCUCCAUGUUCCAGUCUCUGUUUGAAAACCACAUGUUCAAUCUCAACAAUAAAAGCAUCAUUGUGGGCCCUACAAUUCUCGAGGAUAUCCUGAAGCGUCAAAAUGUGAGUACUGAGUCUAUCGAUGCAUUCAUUUCGUCUUUGAAGUAUGCGUACAUGUCGCACUAUUAUUCAAACCCAUUCUCGAUCUUUACCAGUCGCUUGCUCGAUGCAGGUGACGAAUACGAGCAGAUUAUUGACAGCAAUCUUACUGGAGAACAUAUCGAUGCUCUCAGAAUGCUACCAAGCUUCAGAGCUCUGGCGGAGUCCAAAACUGAUGCUUCAGAGAUCGAUGCUCUGCUCUCUGACGACUCGCACAUCAUGGACAUUACGAAGCAGGCUGUACACGACUUCAAGGUAACGGCUCGACGGGUUGUUUCAUUAAUAAACCUCUUCGAGACCAUUGAGAAUGUUUUCGGCAAAUUUCCGAUGUCCUGGGGGAAAACAGAAAUCUACAUUCCAUUGGUUCGAGGCGAACUGGGAGAAUCUGACUUCUUCAAGGCAGUUUGUGAGUCUUUCAAAAGCCAGAGCGACGAGAAGAUUCAGCAUCUAGCCCAAGAACUCGCCAAGGACGACCUUUUCGAUUGGUUGCAUGAUCCUGACACCAUUCUGGAUACCAUAACAGAAGCUCUACACAACCUGAAACCCUUUAAACAGCAUCUGUACCACGAGAUUUUCGUCACAGAUCUCGCCACACUCCAACAAAAUGUGUUCGUUCCGUUCCAGCGACCAGCUAUCGAAACUGCACUGGCCGACCCACGUCAUUAUCUCGGUAUUGAAGACGAUGACAACAAAUUCAAGUUUGUGGACCCCAACAUCUCUACCCUGUUCACACUUUAUCGGGAAUCAGGCAUUUAUAUCAACAUCUACGACUGGUACGUUGCUUUCAAAGAAUGCAUGCCACGGUCAGUCAUUGAGACAGAACUGAAGAAGCAGGGACUGGUGCCUGAAGAAGGAGAAACUGUCGAAGAUUGGGACAAACGAACACUAUCGUGGUUUUACCAGGCUGCAGCUGAGCUAAAAUUCAUUGGCUGUGUCAGAGAUACCAAACGAAAGGUCGAGAGUGUGGAGAAGUUGAUCUGGAGAGGCCUCUGA